AUGCCACCGAGUGUCCAAACUGCACGCCUAGAUUGGCCUCCUGGCGACUUGGCAGUGGGUGUCACCCUCUUGCGGUCUUCCCCUGUGAGCCGUAAAGUGUCGGAGUCGUUGCUCAAAGGAGGUCACACAAAAGAGCUAGACUUGGCAGAUGAAAAAGUGACAGGUGCACCCUGGGUUUUUUAGGAAACCAGGACUUUUCUAUCUGUUCUUAGUGAGCCUCAGUUUUAUAAGGAAGCCCAGGUACACAAGCAAAGCAGCCAGCUCUAAAGGAAAGUGGCUAAGCUGCUGUGGGAGGAAUAAAUCCAGGAGCAGGGUUUGCUGGGGACCCCAGCGCAGUGUCACACCAAGUUCAAAAGCCUACAGUCAGGUUACCGGAAAGCGAGGAGAGGUCGUGUGCCAGACCCGUUCUUUCAUGAGGAAAUGGAUGCCCUUUCAAGCUCCUCUGCACCUCCUGUGGCAGGUGAUGCUGUCUCUGGCCAAGAGGGAAGUGAGGUGGAACUCGGAAAGCUGAGUCAGCAGAACAGGGAGCCCACAGAGGUUGGAGAAGGUACCACUGUAGAUGGUACAGCCAGGGAUGAGAAGGACUUCAGGGUCCUUGGCCAGGAAGAUAGGGAGCUGACCUGGCCAGUCCUGUUUCCAAACAGGCUUAAUUUUGAGUUGAAGAUUGGGGUUUUAAAAAAGCAUCUGAAAUACGAUGAUUCAGAAGAAGUAGAAAUGAACAUGGCUUCAUGGAGAAAGUCUAGUGGAGAAGUGUUUUGGCAUGAGCUAAGAACAGGCUGGGAGGGUGAACCAAUGUCAAGAAAGCAACAUAGACAUUGUCCAGGAAAGAGUGAGGAGACAGCCCUGUCCCAGGAGAGGAUGAGUCACCAAAGACUUUGGACUGAGAAGCUGUGGACACGUCUUGUGUGGGAGAAAUGCUCUCAGGGUUCUCCCUCCUCUUAUCACCAGCCAGUCCCUGAACUGGAAAAAACUUCUAAAUGUCAUGAAUGUGAGAAAAGCCAGGGCUUCUGUUCUUUUCUUGUUUGGCAUCAGAGAAUCCGCACAGGAGAGAAGCCUCACAAGUGCAGUGGAUAUGUGCAAGGAUUGAGUUAGUGCUCCAACCUCACUGCCCACCUGAGGACUCACACAGGGGAGAGGCCGUAUCAGGCUGGGGAUUGUGCGAAAAGCUCCAACCAGAGUCCCACACUCAUUGUCCACCAGAGCACCCACACUGGGGAGAAGCCUUAUCAGCGCUCUGUCUGUAGGGAGAAAUUCAACCACAGUUCCCAGCUUAGUGCUCACCAGCAAGUCCACACUGGGGAGAGCCCAUACAAGUGUGCCCAGUGUGGGAAAAGCUUCAACAACACCUCCAUCUUCAUUGUUCCCCAGAAACUCCAUACUGGGGAAAAGCCAUACAAGUGCCUUCGGUGUGAGAAAAGCUUCACCAAGAACUCUGCCUUCAUCCACCAUUGA